AUGGCAAAAACCCGUAAAAGUUGGUUUGGUGUUGUCCGAAGAAAGUUUCUACGGUCAUCUCCACGUCCUUCUGAGACCAUCGUGGUCCUCCACACCAUGAAUACUACAUUCUCCGACGAACCACCGCCACCGCCACCGCCACCUCCAUCAACCACCACUGUAACUGAAGAUCAUGUUUGUGACACCCCACGGUCAAUCAAAGAGAUUGUUGCAGCCACAAAAAUCCAAGCUUGCUUUCGGUGUCACCUUGCACGAAGAGCACGUAAGGCACUGAAGAGUCUUGUGAAGCUACAAGCAUUGGUACGAGGAGCGUAUGUGAGGAAGCAAUCUCGUAUAGCUUUAGAAUGCAUGCACACACUUGCACGACUUCAGGUCGUGACUCGAGCUCGCCAGCUUCAGCUCCUCACUUCUAACUAA